AUGCACUCCUCUCGCCUUCUUCCCCCCUCAUUCCUCCUCCCAUCAUGGAAUACCCGGCAACUACAAUGUCUCUUUCAACGGCGUCACGUAUACCAAAAGACACGCAUUCGCAACCGCGGCGGAGAACCUCCAAAACCAAAAGGUGAAUCUCUCUUUGGAGCACGACGUCUCGACCUUACUCCAACUAUUAAACCACCUACUUCUCUUUUCGAAGAACUCUUCCCAGAAGAACAACAGAAACCUCCUUCAUCUUCACCGCCCUCCAAACGUUUCAAACCCCCACCUCCGAGGUUUCCAAAACUGCCUACAUUUGACUGGACAUCUAAUAUCGAGACAUUUGACGAAGCGGAAGUGCGGAGACGAGCUGCGGAGAAAGAGAGGAAGGAUUGGAAUAUUGUGGGAAAGGAGAGAGGAAGUGAAGAGGAGGAUGCGGUUCAAAGGCGGGAGGCUAGUGUGUUGAUUUUGAAUUGCGCGAGUAAGACAUUGGAGGAGAGUGACUUUUUUAGAUUGAGUCCGAAGGGUGAACAUAUUGAGGGUUGGACGAGUGGGAUCAUUAAGAUUAUCCCUGGGCGCGAUCCCCAUACUCUCCAGUCCCUAGGCCACUACUUCAUUCUCUUCAGUUCGCGCGCUGCAGCUCUGGCCUACUUCCACCGAACUAUUGAACUACACACCCUCUCUCGAACCUACAGCCCUAACAGCAUCCCUCUCCCACUUCAAAUCUCCAAUCGCUCCUCUCGAAGCCCCGAUCGUCCCCCUUCAACUCUCCCUCACUCCCCAACCGAACUCCAAAAUCUUCUCAAGAACUUCACCCUCGUCCCCCCAUAUACACGUCUUUCUCUACGCAUUCUUCAAAAACCUUACCGACCAGCGAUGACCACUCUUUUAGCAACCGGCGCUCCCACCACGCUCACACAAUCCAGAUCCCAAUCCCACACCAUCGACACUGUCCUCUUCACACUCACCAUUCCCAGCAUUGGACUCAGUUCAUGGGGUCUCCGAGAAAUCCUCGACGCAGACGGUAAACGUCGCAACCUACAUUGGCGCUUUGCUCAAUCUGGGGCCAUCAUUCGUGUUGGCGAAAAGAUAGAUCCUGCAACUGGAAGUGAAAAAACAGAAAUAGGUUAUCGAGGAGAAAAUAUUAUCGGAAGGAAGAAAGCUUAUAAUACGAGUGGAAGAUAUAUAAUCUCGUUUAUGGAUCGAGCCGAAGCGAGAAGAUUUGUUCGAGAAUGGCAUAAGAGACCUUGUCCGUUGCAAAAGGAGUAUAAAGAGGGAGAUGAACCACCUCCGAUUGCUAAUGUCGAGAUUAUGUGGUAG